AACAUGCAUUAACAUACAAUUAUGAGUACAGAGACUAAAUAGGAAAGUCAAGACUAAGUCUCUCUGGUUGUCAUGCAGACAAAGGAUUGAUGACAGCAAGAUACCGAUGUGCCAGUUCUCAUUAUUUCACAAGCUUAAGCAGAAGAAUUUAGCAGAAGAAUCAUGAUCACUAUUGACAUGCAUUUGAACAGGACCUCAGUAACAACUUCCCAUCCAGGCAUGCAGUUGGAUCAUGAUUGUCAUGCUAGAAAACUUUUUUCGUCAACUUUGUUGGAACCGAUGAUGUCUUUGCAGGUGAAAGUUCAAGCAAUGAGACUGGAAGAUCAAGCACAGUGCAUAUGCUGCGUGUACAUGAUCACACAGCACAUGGCUCUCUUUGAGAUUUCAAGUAGUUCACAGGCAUGGGCAGCAGAAUUCAGCAUGUCGCCUUCUGCUUGCCACCCACCGCGCAGAAUUAAUCAGAUGGAUUUUUCCUCUUCAUGCAAGGAUCUUUAAUUGUAGUUUAUAGGGUUAUGAGGCUUGAAAUUAUUUCAGAAAUUUUAUUCCAUGCAUAAGAUUCUGCAAUUUUUAUUGCUUUCAUA